CCAAUAGCCACGUACGAUAAUGAACAACAAGGUACGACACUCGGCCCAGACCCAGACCCAGACCCAGACCAAGACCAAGACCAAGAUUUCGGCAGAUGGCAGCACACUCGCCUACAGGCCUUUCCCGGGAGGAGCUGAGCAAGAGCCGUCACCACCACCACCGCCACCACCACCAUGCCAGAAUUGACGGAGAUUGAGAAGACCUUCCCCCCGGCGGCUGAGGCUGCGGAGGACCCCGAGGCAGGCUCAGGCUCAGACUCAGACGCCUCAGAGGAAUCCCUGCCGGAGCUGGAGCAGGGAGGGUCAGCUACAGCGCCAACAGUAACAGAGUCGGCCAAGGCAGUGAAGCAGAGCCGGUCGGAGAAGAAGGCCCGGAAGUUGAUGUCCAAGCUGGGGCUGAAACAAGUCCCAGGCGUCAACAGAGUCACCAUCAGGAAGAGUAAAAACAUUCUCUUCGUCAUUAACAAACCAGAUGUGUUCAAGAAUCCUGCGUCCGACACCUACAUUGUGUUCGGAGAGGCUAAGAUCGAGGACAUGAACCAGCAGGCACAGAUGGCGGCUGCAGAGAAGUUCAAGGAGCCCACCACCAACCCAGCUGCCGACACUGCUGCCCAUACCACCGUCCCGGCCGCCAUACAGGAGGACGAGGAGGAGGAUGAUGAGGAGGUUGACGAGACUGGCCUGGAGGAGAAGGAUAUUGAACUAGUGGUGUCGCAGGCUAACGUAUCGCGAGCCAAGGCUAUCCGAGCUCUCAAGAAGAAUAGUAAUGAUAUAGUUAACGCCAUCAUGGACUUAACGAUGUGAUGAGUCCAGAUAAACAGCCUAAUUACCUGUAUGCUGUCCCCUAUUAUCUUCCCCUUCUCCACGAACGCUAAAUAUUUAAAAAGACUGAGUGAACCGUGUUUUGACACUUAAAAAAAAAUAAUGGAACGUAUUGAAUUGGCAGAGUAGCAGCGUCGGUAUUCUGCUCAUUAUUUCGUAUGUACAAUGUAUGUAUGUAUGUAUUUAGGUCAGUGCCGCGUCCUCCCAGGCACCUCCACUCUGUCCACUUCUAUUAGACUGUAUUCCACCACUAAUUAAACUAUUAUGAAAGGA